GUGUUGACGUAUAAUCCACUGGCUGUGGAUUAUAAUGUUGUAUUGACAAAGUUUAAGAAAUGAGAACUUAAAUGUUUGUGUGUGUGUGUUGACAGGGUAUUAAAGGGUACGGGGAGUGUGUUGUGUACAGAGGAAGGUGUUUGUAAUGACUCACUCACAGCACUGAAGCUGUUUACAUUCCUGACAUAACAUCUGAAAUGGAAGAAAAUGGAGUAGCUAAAGGAAACCAUCCCUCAAUCUCAGAUAAGAGUAUUCAUACUAUUAGUGUUGAUAAAGACUCCUCACAAGUUUCACCAAUAUCAAAUCCUCCUGUAUACCUGCCCUCACAAGAUGCUGGAAUUAUGAGCAGUGAAAGCAAAACCGUGCAGGAGGAAGGGCAAUAUGUGAGGCGGCGGCAUGCUGGGCAACAGGAAAAGGAGCAAAUUGCAGAAGUAUGUAACAGUAAUGAUGCUAGAUUAGAUUUGCUUGAUGAUCAGUCUCACACUCAGAGCAAGGAAAAAUCUUGUAUAGAAGAAAGAGAAGAGGUUGAAGAUACUGGUUGUCCAUCAGAUGUAUGUUUGAUUAAGAGCAGCAGAAAAGAAGAGGCAGAAAGGGAUGAAGUAAAAGAAAUUACUGAUGUGGCUGAUAAGGAAGGAAUUUCAGUUACUGAUAUUGUCAGUAAUUCAAGCAGUGCAGAAUAUGUUACGCACACUCUCUCCUUCCCACUUACUAGUAAAAGCAAUGACAGAGAGUCAGUGUGUGACACUGAGUCAGAAUCUCAGUUAUCAAUAAGCCUGGUGUCAAGUUCGGACUUGUCUGGUGGAAAGGUCAAGAACAAAACUAAGAAGCAUAAAACACCUAAAUAUGGUAAGGAUGGGAGGAACUCCGAUUCAUCUGUGUCUUCAAAGAAAAAAGGAACUAGUAACAAAACUCGUAUUAAAUCCAAGUUCGCUCCUGGUAGUUUAGAAUAUAUAGAAGAGAGAUUAUGUGGACGUAUAUUUUCUGGCUGGGUAGAAGAACGAAGGUGGGUUGAAAGUUUGCGUUCCUACCGGGAUGUAAUAGAAGUGGACGAAUGGGAAAUAGAAAUGAACCAGCAACUUAAGGCCAUCAUCAGUAGCAUCCCUGGUGUGUAUGAAGGAACCAAGUGGAUAAAUUUAACUCCUCCUGGGGAGAAUUCAUCAUCCUACUGUUUGUGGAUCUUGUUGCCAGCGCCUCCAAUUCCUGGUCACUACUGGUACACAGUCACAGGAGUGCAGCUUGAGCCACUGUUUGGCCUUAGAAUUUUAGUAAAAGAAAUUAGGUUAAUUCAUCCACACGAUGGAGAGACAGCUAUAGCUCGACAAAAACGACACCAAAAGGUUACUCUGGGUAAUUCCAACAGUCUUCAAACUGUUGGAGAACAGCUCCUGGAAUAUGUGAAACAAGUUCGUCAGUUGAACCUGUCUGACAUUUGCUCUUCACUUAGCUCAACAAUUACUCUUGGUAAUAUAAAAGAAAUAUUCAGGUUCUUCAUUGUACUGGUUAUGACGUUGGUAAUUGGUCUUUUUUCCUUUUGGAAAGAAGCUCACAAUCUUGGACUACGUUUCAUCCGUGAAGCAGGCAUCUUUUUCCAUCAUAUCACUCCAUUUCUACAGUCUGUACUAUCUUUUGUAGAGAAACUAGUUGGUGGUAUGUACCUGUUGAUAGCCAUGGUAUACCGUGAUUGGCGGCGGCCAAGUGCACCGCCACCACCAUACCCCCCAGGAAGCCAGUCACCUCGCUUGUUUAUUCAGGGUCCAAGUCCUGCGAGUGCAGUUCCUCCCGGUGGAUCAAGGUUGGUAAAAUAUGUGCCUCCAGAACAAUGGGUCUUUAGAAACCAAAACAAUGAAUCAUCUCCAAGGUGAAAUUAUUCAUACUCACCACCAUGUCAAUGUUAAUACCAAGCUGUGUUCCUUAAUGCAAUUUUUCCCUAUACCUUUACUUGCCUUAUUGAAGGUAGGCUGUGAAAAAUGUCUUUUAUUUGGUGAGGUUUCGCUGCACAGUAUGAUACUUGUACUGUUCUAUUAAUAUUUGUAUGUAUUUCGCUAUUUAAGCAUAUACUAUCCUUAUUUCAGUGUUUAUUUAAGUGUCUGAAUGAUUUAGUGUUAUGCUCUUAUUCAUGUGGGUAAUGUUCACAUGUAAAAGUUAUGUAAUUUAUUAUAUAUCCAUAGAGGGUAGCUUUUCAACCUGAUGAACAAGUUGUGCCUUUAACUAAAUAUUGAUACAAACUUUACUAUGAACACAAUACUUAGUACUAGUCACCUGGUUUGUGUAGGGAUUUUGUGGUUUAUAAAGCAAGUUGUAAUUUGCAAGCUUUUCUUAUCCACUAAGUGUGUGUGUGUUUGUGCUAGUUUAUUGUAUUCUAUCGUACCAUUUUAUUAUCUUCCUGGUCAUACAUUAUACUGUACAUUGAAUGGCUUGGUGAUUGUUUGGCAUUUUUACUUGUACUUGCAAAUUAAGGUCAUAAUAUCACUAUCGUCCGGCGGCGACGUAGUUUGCAUCCAUUAAUAAUCUUAUGGAUGUCCAGCGGGAUCAAAUUUUGCGUCUGAAAUUAAAAUAUUUGUUAAAAUUCCAUUUAUUUUUCAAUUAUAAUGGGACUAGUUUUAAAAUGCGUGCCUUUAGAUUGCAAACAAUUUGAUACCUCAAUGAACGACGUAGCACGGCAAUUGAGGUCAGAACACUAGAAAGAUUAUAUACUUGUUUGGUGAUGUGUCCAAAAAUAUAAUAUUUGUUAAAAUUCCAUUUAUUGUUCGAUUAUUAUGGGACUUGUUUUAAAUUGUGCGCCUUUAUAUUGUGAACAAUUUGAUAUCAAAAUGAACGACGUAACUUGAAAAUUGAUGUUAUCAAACUGAAAAGAGUAAACACAUUUGUGUGAAAGUGUGCCAAUGGGUGCUCGCUCACGGGUAACGGUCGGCCAUCUUUCGGCUUUGCUGCGGGUUGGGCACACGGGGCUUUUAGACUUUAUAUGCAUAUAUUCCUGUAGGGAAUUCUAUUGCAAACAAAUUGAUACCAAAAUGAAAGUCGUAGCACGAGAAUUGAGGUGACAAAAGUGAAGAUAGUAUACACAUUUUAUUGCUCUUGCACGCUCACGGGUAACGCUUGGCCAAUUUCUGAGUUUGGUGCAGGUGGCAUGCUGGGCUUUUGGACCUUAUAUGCAUAUACUCGUGUGAACAUUUUGAUACCAAAAUGAACAAUGUACAACGAAAAUUGAGGUGAUACAACUGAAAAAGAGUAUACACUUUUCAAUGUUGCUGCGCGCUCACAGGAAACACUCAGGCCACCAUGGGGUAGUCUGGCGCGUGCACGCCCAGAACGCAAAAGUGAUAUAGUGAUACUUGUCUCUUUAAUUAUGUGCAUUACUCUGCAGUAAUGCUAUCUAACUACUUUGCUAUACAAAGUAAAUAAGAAGUACUAUAAUACUAUUGUUGGAAAUUGAUUUUGAGGUUUUAGUGAAAAUACAGUCGAUUCCCAAUGCUAUGUGGCUUUAAACAUAGUAAUUUCAGUAUUCUGUUAAAAAAAAAAAAACAAUAUUAUUACCCCACUCCACUUUCAUGGGAUGGGAAGGCAUCACCUCUUAAGGUAACUAUAGUAUAUUUUAUUAUACAAAUUGGAAAAGUACUUUGCAGAGACCUCCCAAAUUAUUUUUGCCACUCGAUAAAACAUCUUUUUGAACAUUAUGAAAUUUUCCAGUCACAAGCACAGUGCAGAAUAAGUGCAAUAUACUUGGAAGGUGCCACAAUGAGAAAGUAUGGUCCAAAACAUUUGUAAAACAUGAAAUGCAGGUGUAGGAACCUAACCUACAGCUAACAAUGUGGUAAACCCCCGGACUAUUCUCUAAUCUGUUUUUAACCCCGAAUUCUGUGAUAAAUGGGAUAGUACCAGAAACCUUGUACUGAACUGUAAAUGCAAAAUUGUGUUUACUGAUUCACUGCAAAGUGUGGGCCACCUGUAUCUUGCAUCACAACACCACAGAGAGAGCAGUGCUACAUUUAGCAUAUCAUCCACAGUAGCAUCCAAUUGCUCCAUACAAAUAGUUUAGUGCUGCUUAUGAAUUGUGGUGUUUAUUCAACACCACAUAAACAUGCACCCAUACUUUAUCAUUCAUGAACUAAAUAUUCCUAGAAAAGUACAGUACAGUAUACACCCUGACAUAUUAAAAUUUAUUUUGUAGUCUUGUAAAUAGAUCACUCAAUUCUUUUGCUCAUAUUGACCCAGCCCCUCAAAUUAAAAUAAGAAUUGAAACGAUUUGGUUGAAUAUAAGUACAGUACUUGGACCACCAUGACAAUCUACAAGUGUAUGAGAGCAGCCUGGGGGUGGCGACCAAAUAAAAUCUUAAUUUUUCAUCGGGUAAAAACAAAUUAAAACAUAGGAUCUUUGUAAAUGUUCUCGGUGGCUUUACUGUAUCCAAACCUUCUCCUCCUUGGCCAGUUUUUCAAUGAAAUUCGUCAUUAACAUGAUAAAAAGCAGUAUUUAAUGAUAUAUAUUUUUUUUUUUAACAUGACACUAUACCUUGUGGUUAUCUGCGAUGAUUUCGGGGCUCAACGUCCCCGUCCAGGCUUCCUAUUACAGGGUAUAUACUUAAUGUUUUUUUUUUUCUAACUUCUUGGUUGUGGAUUUCAUCUUUUUUUCCCACAAGGUUAAUUUGUUAAGCAGUACUAUAUUCUGUAGCACCUAGAAAAAUGCAUCUUUACAUAGCAUUGAGAGUCGACUUUCCAUAUUUAGAGUAUUGGGAAACACAAAUAAGUGUCUUCACAUUGUGUGUUAAUCUGUGAAUUUGUGAUCACUGCAGUGCCUAAACAUUAAGUGAUGGUUUUACCUUUAUGUAUAGGCAUUUCCAAGGUGUUGGUGCAUUGGGCAUAAGGUAAUGUCAGUUGACUGCACCCCAAAUACAUAAUACUUUUUUAAGACUUCUCAGUGUCUUAUGUGUAAAGUUAUUUGUAGCAUUUUUAAAAGGAGUCCUUUUCUAAGUCAGUUUCAGAACUGUUCAAAGGGCAAUUCUGGAUUAUCAAAGAUUUUUAUGAUUUUCUUGUUUAUAUGCUCUGAAAGUGAUAGGACCAUUCUUUUAAAUAUGACUGAUUCUUUUAAAUAUAAGACUGGUCUGUGUGAUUUUUAGGCUAAUACUACUUAGGUCAGUGCACAGAACAUUCUCAGUCUUCGCAGAGUUGUUAAGUCAGGUGUUGAUAUGGAGCUGUAUCUAAUUUGUAAUAUUCUUUCAUAAUUUGUUAAUAUAACAAUAUAAAACACAAGUCAAUAAGUCA